CCAGAACACGAUCCCACGAAACACCCAAGACGACGCCUCUUUCACCAUGGUGCUGCUGCGGCGCAGACUGCGCUGUCACUACUGCAACACGCUGUCACCGGACAGUGUCUCAGACAUCCCGCGCCUGUAUCUGUGUCGGCAUUGCGACGCAGUGAAUCACUUCGAUGAGCGUGGAAACAUCACCGACCCGCCUCUCGAAGAGAUCGCGACUGCCCCUGCAGCUUCCUUCCGCUACAUCCAGUCCCGCUCUCCGUCGCCCAGCAUGGCUCCCCCGACCGAGGACCUGUUCUGCCACACGUGCCAGCACAACCAGUUCAUCCUGAACAAGAUGCUCGCCGAGUAUAUUCCCGACGAAGACGACCCCGAGUACGACAAGCGCGUCGAAACAUCCGACGCCUACCGCGACGAGCUCGAGGACCGAUACCCGCAAGUCUGCCAGCGCUGCGAGGGCCGCGUCCAAGACCAGCUGCGAGCUGCGGGUUAUGCGGCCAAGGCAGACCAUCUCCGGCGCAUGAUGGAGAAGAGCAACCAGAAGCGCACGACUGUUCAGACUCCCCGCCAGACCUGGACGCUGGCCGUCAUCGAGCUGGCCAAAUGGACGUACAUCGCCAGCAUCUUUGUGGGAGUCUUGUGGCAUGCCCUGGGGAUCAUGAUGGCUCCGGAUGAGAGGAUGAGUGCAGACGAGGACUUCGACUGGGACGUGUGUCUGCGCCAGGCCGUGUUCGUUCGCCAGGUAGACAGGGGCUGCGUCCUGUCGCCUGCUGUCACCGAGAUAAUGUACUACGCGCUGGCCGCCGACCUGCUCACCGUCUGGUGGAACCCCAAGCUCACAACCAAGACAAAUAGCCUCACGGGACGAAUGCGCGGACUAAAGUCUCUCUGGGCCAUCCGCGCCGCAGUCCUUCUCCUCCGAUUUCUAUGUCUCGACUUCUGGCACCUCACCACAAUCAACAACGCCGCCCACAUCUUCAUGCUAAUCCUGCUCCCCCUCUCCGCGCUCCUGACCUGGAAAGCAGUCCGCAUCGUCUACCACACACCAACCUUCUUCCGGCCCGCACCGCCCAGCGCCGAAAAAGCACCCCGACCCCCCGCCUCCCAACCCACCCCCUUCGACAUGGCCCACUCCUUCACCUCAUCCUUCCAGCCCAACGACCCCGACGCCCUGCCCCCCUCCCCCACAGACUCCGAAACCUCAGCAACAACCUACGCAACCGACUUCACCACGCCCGGCCGCCGCACCCCAGCCCGCCACACGCCAGCCCGCCAGCCCAGCUACGGAGAAGACAUGGAUUGGACGCCCACGACACGCCGCUUCGCCCACGACGCCCCGCCCAUCCUGCCCCCGCAAUUCGGAAACAAACCCGCCCUUUCCUCCCCCGCUAAACAGCAGCGCGAAAGGGAACAACACUCCAUAUUCAGCAAACCGGAUCCGAACCCCUUCCGCCAUAAGGUCCCCGCCCCGCCCAAUGCGGCGAAACCCACGCCCUGGAAGCCGGGCGUCUGGACGCCCCCGCUGAAGGAAAACGCGCCGAAUUUCUUCAAGGAGGGGCAUAGGGCGAGGGGUGGGGAGGGAGAGGGAGAGGGGCUGGGUAAGGGGCUUGAGGGCCUUGGUGUGCCGAGGAAUGUGCAGCGCGAUGCGGAGCUGUUUGCUAGUCCGAAGCUGAAGUAUGAUAAUUAUGGGACGCCGCGGAAUACGGGGUUGGAGUCGAGCUUUAAUGACUUGUUUUCAAAGUAG